UUAUUGUUCUUCUCAGUCACUAAAUCCGACGUGAUCUGAAUGGAGUCGAGUGAAAACAUCUCAUCCCAAGAUGACUAUCUGCCUCAUUACCAUCAAAAUGAAGAUCCUUUUGCGUCCAAACUCUCAAAGGAAGCUGACAUCGUUGCUGGAUUUUAUUUACUGGUCAUUGGGAUCCUGUCCACCUUGGGCAAUGGAUAUGUGAUUUAUACAUCUGCACAACGGAAAAAGAAACUGAGGCCUGCAGAGAUCAUGACUGUCAAUUUAGCAGUAUGUGACCUGGGCAUUUCAGUGGCAGGGAAGCCUUUCAGUAUAAUUGCCUUUUUCUCCCACCGUUGGAUUUUUGGCUGGAGUGGCUGCCGCUGGUAUGGAUGGGCUGGUUUCUUCUUUGGCACUGGGAGUCUCAUUACCAUGACAACAGUCAGCCUGGACAGAUAUUUCAAAAUCUGCCAUUUAUCUUAUGGUACCUGGCUGAAGAGACACCACGCGUUCAUCUGUCUGGGAUUCAUCUGGUCCUACGCUACCUUUUGGGCAGUGAUGCCCUUCUCUGGGGCGGGCAAUUAUGCCCCCGAGCCCUUUGGAACCUCCUGUACCCUGGACUGGUGGUUGGCUCAAGGCUCCGUGGCUGGGCGGGCUUUUAUUCUGAAUAUCCUUUUCUUCUGUUUGCUGCUCCCGACUGCAGUGAUCGUGUUUUCCUAUGUUAAAAUCAUAGCAAAAGUCAAGUCGUCCACCAAAGAAGUUGCUCAUUAUGAUACCAGGAUCCAAAACACGCCUGUCCUGGAAAUGAAGUUAACAAAGGUGGCAAUGUUGAUCUGCGCAGGAUUUCUCAUUGCUUGGAUCCCCUAUGCUGUGGUGUCAGUGUGGUCUGCGUUUGGAAGGCCUGACUCGGUCCCCAUUAACGUCUCAGUGAUACCAACCCUGCUUGCCAAAUCAGCAGCGAUGUACAACCCCAUUAUUUAUCAAGUCAUUGACUGCAAAUCAGCCUGUUGCCGCUCACAUGGUCUCAAGCCGCUGCAGAAGAAAAACUCCAUGGAGAAAUCCAGGCUGCACACUAUAUCUGCAGAAAUCAAGUCGGAAGGAAUGAAUGAAACUCCACUGGACAGGGCAUAA